AUGGCUUCCCAGGUUAAUGACAGCCAAGUGGAAAGCUCAUCCCCUUCAUUGGCGGUGACAGAAAAGCAGGCGGGGGAUAUUGUUCCAAUAAAUACAACAAGCGAUGAAACAUCAAAUCGGCCCUCAGACCAAGAUUUGAAAGAGCUUGUUCAUGUCGCCGACAACGUUCCCUACCCAGUUUGGCUGGUCAUUCUGGUCGGAUCAGUCGAGAGAUUCGUCUUCUAUGGCGCUUCAACCUGCCUGCAAAACUACUUGCAAAACAGCCCAAAUGAUCACAUUCCUGGAGUUCUCGGGAUCGGGCAGUCGGACGCCACUGCUGUGAACUAUGCGUUCAUGGUGUUGGUGAACUUUGCACCGGUGCCACUGGCGGUGGUGGCUGAUGGUUGGCUGGGGCGAUAUAAGCUGAUUUUGCUAAGUACAGUCAUCUACCUCGUUGGGUCUCUCAUUCUUUUUACGACAGCUCUACCUUCGGCUAUACAUCAAGCAGGCGCGUCCGCCGCAGGGCUUGGUGUGUCUCUUGUCUUGAUCGCGCUUGGCAUAGGCGGCGUGAAAGCCUCGAUUUAUCCCUUUAUCGCGGAUCAAUACCCCCAUCAUGAGCCAUUCAUUCGCGAGCUCCCGUCCGGAGAACGGGUAGUUGUGGACCGAUCUCUCACGAUACAAUACAUGUACAAUUGGUACUUCUGGUUCAUUAAUGUCGCCUCUUUGUCCGGGAUAGCCACCACCUUUAUGGAAAAAUAUUCGAGCUUUUGGUCUGCAUUUUUACUCUGCUUCUGCUUUCUAUGGGUGGGACUGGUACUUAUGUUGGUCUUCAAAAAUAAAUACUACAAAGCGCCUCCCGCAGGCUCAGUUGUUCCGAAAGUGUUGCGAGUCAUUUGGCUCGGGAUUCGAGGUGGUAUGUCACUCAACGAUGCCCAGCCGGCGGUGCAACAGGAAAAGUACGGUCGCCAGGUUCCGUGGGAUGAUGAAUUCCUGAAGGGAGUCCGCAAUGCCCUCAUAGCGUGUCAAAUCUGUCUCGCAUUCCCAGUGGUCUGGCUCUGCUGGGGACAAACAUACAAUAACUUGAUCUCGCAAGCCGGUCAAAUGGAAACUUACGGGAUCCCCAACGACGUGAUGCCUAAUUUUAACCCUAUUGCCUGCAUCAUCGCAGGACCACUGAUCCAACAAUACCUGUUUCCCUUCCUCAAUCGCCGCAAAAUUCCGUUUCGCCCCAUUGCUCGUAUUUCCGUCGGUUUCUUCCUCAUGGGUGCCUCUUUGGCCUGGGCGACUGGCCUUCAAGCCUUUAUCUACCGCGCUGGUCCGGAUUUGAAAAACGGCACCACCACGCGGCAUAUCAAUGUGUUUCUGCAGGUGCCGUGUUACGUGCUUAUGGCGAUCGGGGAAAUCUUCUGUGUGACGACUGGGUCAGAGUUCUGCUAUUCGCGAGCCCCAAGGAGCAUGAAGUCUAUCGUGCAGGCGUUAUUUGUGGGAACGGCUUCAAUCAGCUAUGCAUUGGGCAUUGCGAUCUCGCCGGCUGCAAAAGAUCCUAAUAUGACUAUUUUCUACGGGUGUUUGACAGGUGUACAACUUGCUAUUACGGCUGGUUUUUGGUUCAUGUUUCGGAAGUUGGACAAGGAUAUUAUUGUUUGA